CGCUUGUAGAUAUAAUAUGAUAUGUGAAUGCAGUCGCCGAAGCCUACCCAGCUAGGUUAUCGACGACACCUACUUUUGAGACGACAACCCUACGUCGAGGCCCCAUCCUCUACCAAGCCCAAGGGAUCAACCUCGUUCCCACGUUCACCUGCAAUAAUUCGAGAUGUUGGGGUAUAGCCAACGUACACGGAAGCUGGUCCAGGAUAGUGAACGUCCACCUGCAAUUAUUCGAGAUGUUGGGAAUAGCCAAUGUACACGGAAGCUGAUCCAGGAUAGUGAAGCCUCCCUAAAGUCUAAGCACAGUACUAAGCCAAAAGUCUGUGUGCACGAGCUCGGGCGGCGGGUGCCAAGAAGCAGAAGAAACGGGGUCCAGGCGACGGGCUCCAGGCAACGGGCUCAGCGCGACGGGCUCCAAGAAGCAGAAGAAACGGGCGACUGCCAAGAAGCAGAAGAAACGGGCAACAGGCCUGGCAACGGGCCCCAGGCUCCUGGGCUCCAAAAGCAGAAGAAACGGGUGACAGGCGACGGGUGACAGGCGGCGGGUGCCAAGAUGCAGAAGAAGCAGAAGAAACGGGCUCCAAGAAACGGGCUCCAAGAAACGGGCUCCAAGAAGCAGAAGAAACAGGCUCCAAAAAGCAGAAGAAAC